AUGACUGACACGACGUGGAGCGUUCGCGUUGCCGCACACGAAAUUGUGCAUGCGCUUGGGUUCAUCCAGGAGAGCAUGAGAGAAAAGAGCCUGGUGAAGAAGCCAGAGAGAAGUGUGCGUGGGACGCACCGCAGGAUGGUGGCGGGGAAGCACGUUCAGGAGAAGGCGAAAGCGCACUUUGGUUAUGAGACUCUCGAGGGCAUGGAGCUGGAGGACGAAGAUGGAACUCGGGAAAAGGAAAUCCCUCACUGGAAGGGACGCCACGCGCGGGACGAGCUGAUGGCUCCCACAGUCGGUGCCGGCUACUACACGGCUCUGACGAUGGCGGCUUUUGAGGAUAUGGGAUACUACCGCGUGAAUUGGAGCAUGGCGGAGCCGAUGGGCUGGGGCAGCGGCAGUGGCUGCGACUUCCUGGUCAACAAGUGCAAUACAACCGAUAAUCUUGCCGCCAAGUAUGCUCACAUGUUUUGCGAUGCUAAAGACACAGAGACGCCUCGCUGCACCUCCGACCGCCGUCACGUUGGGACGUGCACCGAAAGCAUCGUUGAGGACAAGGGGAGUCUGGUGGAUAAGGAUGUUUGCCCUGUUGUUUCUUUGGAAUUUCACGAAAUGUCGUCUGGGAUAAAGUACAAUACGUGCUUGGACGAAAAUGUGGAUUAUCUCCGUGGGUCGCUGACUGGCGGCGGCUCGUGGUGCCUGGACGCGGAGUUACUGGAGACGAAGGACGAUGAUGGACAUAAAAGCGUCAGGGGAGUGUGCGCGCAGGUGUCGUGUGGGGAGGGCACAGUGAGGGUGAGGCACCUCGGCAGCAGUGGGUUUCAGCCUUGCCCUGAGGACACUGACAUCCCAGUGACGUUGAAAUAUUUUAAGAAAGAUGGGAAGAUCAAGUCCGCCCACUUACGGCGAGGUGUGCACCAUUGCCGCGAACGGCAGCAGUCUUGUCGUUCCGAGAGCGUUGGUGGAUGGACAGGGUGA